AUGGAUGAGCUGGUCACUUCCUCGCUCCAGAAUCUGAAUCCUCCUGAAUCUACCUCUGCAGCGGAGAUCUCCGACGAGGGAACCUCUGGAACAAUGGGAAAAGAAAAAGAAAUGGUUAUUCUCAUAUCCUUAAUUCUCCUAUUCCUCACCGCAGCCAUUGUCCCAGGAUACAAAGCAUUCUCAAUCUCAAUGACAUCCAGCACACCUGGCUCAAUUCAAGAUGCAGAUUUCUGGUAUCUGAUCCAGAGUAGUAUCAUGUCUGUGUUGGGAAAUCUGACCAUGGUCUUUCCUUUGCUGAAAAAGUCAUGGUUUUCCCCGGCUUACAAUACUAUGUGGAUAUCAUUCACCUUGGGCGUAGCCUUUUCGGUUCUCUCCAUUAUCAUUUACCCGUUUGUGAAUACAGGUUGGAGCUCUAUGUUGGCCUUCUUUGGCUCAAUUGCUUCCGCUGCUUCGGUGUUGAUAAUUACGCAGGCUGCUGGCAAGGAGAUACCGAGGAAGAUGAAAGAGGAUUGA